UUAAUUAAUGAUUUAGUUGAAUUUCUUUCAUUUUUAAUUAUAGUUUUAAUUUUUGUAAAAAUUAUUUUCUAAAUUUUUAUUGUAUAAUAAAGUAUAUUGAGAUUAUAGACAUCAACUAUAAUACCAAUUGUCUCUCUAUAGUUAACAAAUAAUAAUAAUAAUAAAAUGUAUAAAUUUUACAUAUAUUUCAUAACAAUAAUCACAUUGUUUGUAAUCAAUGGUGUGAUUAGUGAUAAUAAUAAGUAUGAAGAGGAACUAGAGUUGGCUCAAAAAUUUAAACAACUUAUCAAAGAUUUAGCGGAAGUCCUAAGCGAUGAUCAACAACACAUCAACCACAACAACCAGGAGCUGAAAAAACUGGUAGUCGUGGUGGUGGUAGUGAUGGCAAAAAAGAUAAAAAAUUAAAAAAUAUAUUCAACGGUAUGCUUAACGGUUACGGUGCUGGCUCAAAUGUUGGCCAGGGAGUGGCUAAUAAUUUUGGUAACAGUGUGGGCCAGUUUCUGGGACCCAAUUUAGGUAAUGCAGCCACUGGCCUGGUUAGCGCUGUAGCCAAUCCGAUUGGUUCAUUAGUUGGUACUUUUUUGGGUGCUAUGGGCGGUCUGGCGGAUACAGCCGGCAGGAUAUUAGGUGGCGGUCGUAAUAACAAUCAACAAGGACAGUUUAAUCCAAAUUGGAAUAAUAACAAUAAUAAUAACUAUGGCGGAAAUAGCUAUGGCCAAAAUAACAAUAACGGCAAUAACAAUUUUGGCUAUAACAAUGGCGGCAAUAACAAUGGCGGUAACAACUAUGGCGGCUAUAACAAUGGCGGAAAUAACAAUAACGGCAAUAACUAUGGCAACAACAAUUGGUAUAAUAAUGGCCCCAAUUACAAUGGCCCUACUAAUAAUGGCCCUACUAACAAUGGACCCAGUUACAAUGGCCCUACUAAUAAUGGACCCAGGUACAAUGGCCCUACUAAUAAUGGACCCACAAACAAUGGCCCCAGUUACAAUGGCCCUACUAAUAAUGGACCCACAAACAAUGGCCCCAGUUACAAUGGCCUUACUAACAAUGGCCCUACUAACAAUGGACCCAGUUACAAUGGCCCUACUAACAAUGGACCCAGUUACAAUGGCCCUACUAAUAAUGGACCCACAAACAAUGGCCCUACUAAUAAUGGACCCACAAACAAUGGCCCUACUAAUAAUGGACCCAGUUACAAUGGACCCACAAACAAUGGCCCCAGUUACAAUGGCCCUACUAAUAAUGGACCCAGGUACAAUGGCCCUACUAAUAAUGGACCCAGUUACAAUGGACCCACAAACAAUGGACCCACAAACAAUGGACCCACAAACAAUGGACCCACUAAUAAUGGCCCARCUAAUAAUGGCCCAACUAAUAAUGGCCCUACUAAUAAUGGCCCUACUAAUAAUGGCCCUACUAAUAAUGCCCCCACUAACAAUGCCCCCAUUAACAAUGCCCCCACAAACAAUGCCCUCACAAACAAUGCCCCCACAAACAAUGCCCCCACAAACAAUGCCCCCACUAACAAUGCCCCCACAAACAAUGCCCCCACAAACAAUGCCCCCACAAACAAUGCCCCCACAAACAAUGCCCCCACAAACAAUGCCCCCACAAACAAUGCCCCCACAAACAAUGCCCCCACAAACAAUGCCCCCACAAACACUAGCACCAAUAGCAAAGCCGUCAAUUGA